AGUAUCUUCAAAAUAGAAUUAGGCAAUUAGGGUUAAAGUCUUUUACCAUUUCUCUUUUGCAUAAGUCGAUAGUACAACCCUAUGCUAUAACAGCUACCGGCGACAACUGCAAUCCAGCAAUCUAUGACAACUAGGGAGAACGGCGACAACCCAGGUGACGGCGGCGACGAUGGCUCCUUCCUCGGAUACAGGCAAGCCCUAAUCUGCUCGUGGUCCAGCCCAUCUCCGGCCUAAAGCUCCGGCGUCUUCGCGCCUAACUCUCACUCCGACCGUUCGAUCGCUGCCCUCCACCCAUCUCCAGCGUAAAGCUCUUCUCGCUACCGUGUUCCUGCUUCUCUAUCUUCUUCACAGUGAUAGCCACAAGACUUUGGCUACUAUAGUUAAUUCAGUGAAUGAGUUUCGUCUCCUCUGCAACUACCUCAGUUAGGUUGAGACAAAAACUUGUAUUGAAGAUUGGUUUGGGCAUAGAAGAAUAAAACUAGCAUUCUUUUGGAAGUUUUUAUAAAAUAUGUAUAGGGGAGAUGAUGCCUAAUUAUUAAAUUAGUUGAUGAUCAUUAUGGUGAUAUGUUGUAAUUGAACAUGUGUCCUGGGAAUUUUAUGCAUGUAAGGAAGUUUUAGUCAAACUUAUAGAAGAGGUUUCGCCCAAAUAUUCAAAAAAUGAGUAGGAGUUGGAUGGCGAAAGAUAGGUUAUCAAAGGAAUAUGAAGAUGGAGUUGAGAGUUUUAUUGAAAUAGCCUUGAAAAAUACAGUGGAUCCUAAGAGAGUUCAUUGUCCAUGUCAAAAGUGUUCUAAUCUGAAAAAAUUGGAUAUAAAGGAAAUAAAAAAAUCAUUUGUAUUUCAAUGGAAUAGAGAAAACUUAUGUUAAGUGGAUAUGGCAUGGAGAACAAGUUGAGUCUACCCCCAAAGUACACAAUGAAAAUAAAGAAUUUGCUCAAGUGUUUGAUGACCCUAUAGAGAUGGUGAGAGAUGCAGAUGAUCGAUCUGUGGAUAGGCCAGAAGAAUUUGUAAAGUUCUUAGGAGAUGCAGAGAAACCAAUGUUUCCAGGGUCACCUAUGUCAAAGUUGGUUGUUUUGGUAAAAUUAUACAAUUUAAAAGCUGGUAGUGGUUGGAGUGACAUAAGUUUCACAAAGUUGCUUGAUUUGAUGAAGGAGAUUUUACCAAAAGACAAUGAGAUGCCUUCUUCCCUUUAUGAGGCGAAAAAAACUCUGUGCACUUUAGGAAUGGAUUAUAAAAAGAUACAUGCCUGCCCUAAUGAUUGUGUUUUAUGCCGCAACAAUUUAGAAAAUGCAAUCGAGUGCCCUACGUGCAAGACAUCGAGAUGGAAGAGAUGUAAAGAAGGAAAAGAAGGUAAGAAAGGGAUUCCAGCUAAAGUAUUAUGGUAUUUGCCACCGAUACCAAGAUUUAUACGUUUGUUUCGGAAUCCAGAACAUGCUAAAAGUUUAAGAUGGCAUGAGGAUGGAAUGAUCAAAGAUGAUAAACUAAGACAUCCAGCAUAUUCAUUAACUUGGAAAACUAUCGAUGAGAAAUGGCCUGUAAUAAAAAAGGAUCCUAGGAAUCUUCGACUUGGUCUUUCAGCUGAUGGCAUCAAUCCAUUUAGCAAUAUGAGCUCGUCUUACAGUUGCUGGCAAGUGAUAUUAUGUAUUUACAACCUCCCUCCUCACCUUUGCAUGAAAAGAAGAUUCACAAUGCUGACUUUGUUAAUUUUAGGAAGUAAACAACCUGGAAAUGAUAUAGACGUCUAUUUGGCACCGUUGAUAGAUGAUUUAAAGUUGUUGUGGGAUGGAGUGGAUUGUUAUGAUUCUUUUAGUAAAGAAAGUUUUAUACUGAGAGGGUUACUUUUAUGGACAAUUAAUGAUUUUCCAGCUUAUGGAAACUUGUCGGGGUGUUAUGUUAAAGGUUAUAAAGGAUGUCCAAUAUGUGAGGAGCAAACAAGUGCAACAAGAUUGAAGUUUUGUAAAAAGACUUGUUACAUGGGGCAUAGAAGGUUUCUACCUGCAGAGCAUUAUCUUCGUAAUCAAAUGAAAGCCUUUAAUGGUAAGCAAGAGCUAUGAGGACCUCCACCAAUAAUGACUGGUGAAGAGAUUUAUGAAGAGAUUCGUUUGAUAAAUAAUAGAUUCAGAAAACCAGUCACAAAUACCGAAGAAUGUGGAGACAUUGAAAGUAGGGUCAAAUCAAAGGGUAAAAGUAAGAUGAGUAAGAAACGAAAACGUAGCAAGAAACAUCAAGUGAGCAAUGAUGAUUCUUUGAAUACUACAUGUUGGAAAUAGAAAUCAAUUUUUUUGAAUUGGAGUAUUGGAGACAUUUGUUAGUCAGACACAAUCUCGAUGUCAUGCAUAUUGAGAAAAACAUAUGUGAUAGUUUGAUAGGAACUUUACUCAAUAUUCCUGGAAAAACUAAAGAUAGUAUAUCUACUCGUCGUGAUCUCGUUCUAAAGUCUGAAUCGAAAAAAGAGCUGGCUCCUACAGUAGAAGAGAAUCGAACAUAUUUACCUCCAGCAUGUUACACAUUAAAAAAAGAUGAGAAACACCAAUUUUGUGAAACAUUGGCAAAGAUUAAGGUGCCAGAUGGUUUUUCAUCGAAUAUUCGAAAUUUGGUUUCCUUGAAAGAUUGUAGACUACAGGGUCUAAAGUCUCAUGACUGUCAUGUGUUAAUGCAACAAAUGCUUCCAAUAGCUAUUCGAGGCUUAUUAGAAAACCCCGUGAGAAAUGCUAUAACCAGAAUGUGUUUCUUCUUUAAUGCCCUUUGCUCUAAAGUUACUGACGUAUCAAAGUUGGAGGUUAUUCAAUUGGAAAUUGUGAAGACUUUGUGCUUGUUCGAACAAUAUUUUCCUCCAUCUUUCUUUGAUAUAAUGGUUCAUUUGGCAGUUCAUCUAGUUAGAGAAGUCACCUUGUGUGGGCAGGUUUGUUUUCGAUGGAUGUACCCUUUCGAGAGGUUGAUGAAAGUUUACAAGGGUUAUGUGCGAAAUCAAAGUCGUCCAGAGGGUUGUAUAGUUGAAUCUUAUAUAGCUGAAGAAGCAGUUGAAUUCUGUUCUGAGUAUAUGGUCAAUGUUGACUCAAUUGGAAUUCCAAUAAGGGCAAGAGAGGGAGUUGUAGAAAAUAAGGGUAUCAACAAUGGAAAACCUACUUUAAUGGAAAAAGAAGAUUGGGAGGUUGCUCAUCAAAAUGUCUUGGAGAAUACAGUUGAGGUUCAACCUUAUAUAGAAGAACAUUUGUAAUAUCUAAAUAAGGAAAAUCGAACAAAAUCUAGAAAGCAGAUUCAAGAUGAGCAUCAUCGUACCUUUCGACAUUGGUUUCUUGAUAAGAUUCAGAAAGAGUUGACCGAUGAGUUGCAUGAAGUUACCGAAACUUUGAGAUGGCUUUCAUUAGGUCCGACUCGAUUGGCAAUUAAGCACAAUGUGUUUAUAAUUAAUGGUUGUAGGUUCAACACUAAAGCUCGUGAUGAUGUUAGGGUCAUCCAAAAUAGUGGUGUAAGUAUUGUAGCUCAAACCUUGCAAGUCUCUAGUGCACGUGACAAGAACCCUAUAUAUGGUGAGAUGAAAUUUUAUGGUGUCAUUCAAGAAAUAUGGGAGCUUGAUUAUCGUGAAUUUAGGAUGCCGAUGUUCAAGUGUGAUUAGGUAGACAACAAAAAUGGUGUGGAGAAAGAAAAGUUAGGUUUCAUUAAAGUUGAUUUGAAUAAAAUAGGACAUAAAAAAGACUCAUUUAUAAUGGCAAGUCAAGUUAAACAAGUGUUUUAUGUUGAGGAUCCUACUUCAUCAAGAUGGUCAAUAGUGCUUGCUUCACAACCAAGAGACAAAGUGCAUGAUGACGAUCAACAACAUGACUUUGGUGAAUUACAAACUUCAGAAAAAGAGUGUGGUUUUAUCCCUGAGUUUGAGGGAGUUGAAGCAACUGUUGGGCCAUAUGUACGAAAAGAUGGUGAUGGAAUUUGGAUAGAUCAUGGACCCAUUUGAUGAGCACCUUGAGGAGUACCUAGAGGGUGAUGAUGAGCAAGCUGAUGUUGAUUCCAUCAAUGAGCAGACUGAUGGUGGUUCCAUGGAUGUUGACCAUGAGGAGGAGGAUAAUAAUAAAGAGAACGCGGAAGAUAAAAAGAAAACACAUAAGCGGACACGAGGCAUAGUGCGAUUGACGAAGAUCAUAGCAGAUAAAAUUAAAGGAAUCAAAUGCCAUUUGAGGUUCAAUAGUAGGGGGCAAUCGAUCGGGACCCCAAACAGAGAGCUUCAAUGUUAUUUAGGAAUGCAAGCCAAAAGUAUGGUGCCAAUUAACAUUUACAAUUAAUGCGAAGUUCCUAAAUCUAUAUUGGACAACUUAUGGAAGGAUGUCAAUCUAGCUUUCCACCUAGAUGAGAAUAUGCGAAAAAAUAUUAUUGGCUCAGUGGGUAAUAAGUGGAGACAAUUCAAAUGUAAUUUGAACAAGAAGUUUAUAGUCCCUUACCUUAAUGACCCAUCUCUUUUGGAAGCAAACCCUCAUGGUCUCGAUAAACCUCCACCAAGCUAUCAUAUAGAAGAAACACAUUGGAAAGAAUUUGUCAAGAGAAGGACAUCCAAAGAGUUUCAAGAUUUUAGAAAAUUACAACAAGAAAGGCGUAAUCAUUUACAAUACCCUCAUAGGACUUCACACCAUAGCUAUACUGAAUUGGAAGCUGAUUUACAAGCUAAGUGGGCCACAACAGAGCAAAUAGAUCGAUCUAUACUCUGGAAGGAGGCCAGAAAAGAUUCUUCUGGCAACUAUGUCACCGAGUGUGACAAGGUCAAGGGAGAGGCCAUCGAAGACAUGCUUAAGCAAAGAAAAGAGGGCAAACUGAUUGAAAUCGGAACAAAUGACAUCCUAACACAAGUGUUAGGUACUGCUGAGCACCCCGGUCGAGUUUGAGGCCAGAGUUGAGGUAUCACACAAAGAGACUAAUUUCAUAAGCCUGUUGGGGGGGGGGGGGGUCUAAGAGGCUUGCAUAAAAAACAAAUUGAGUUCGAACGACAAUCCAACAUACGACAUAGGAAAGAGAUUGAAAAGUUGAAAGAAUCGUUCAUGUCCAAGCUUGAAGAAUUAUCAACCAAGAUGGCACAUAUGCAAGCUAACUUUGGUAGUCAUUCUAGCUUUGGCAGCCAUUCUAGAGUCAAUACAAUAGAAGUUGAGGCACCAAUUGACACUGCUCCAGAAGUUGAGGCACCGAUGGACACUACUGCAGAUGUUGAGGCACCAAUUGACACUACUCCAGAAGUUGAGGUACUGAUGGACACUACUCCAGGAGUUGAGGCACCUGUUGACACUAGUACUUUGUAUGAGACACCUACACCUUCACCUUUUAUUCAUCCUGAGCCACUAAAGAAAGAUGUUAAGUGCCAAUUAUACAUUGGGCAAGGUGGUGAUGUUGUGGCUCUUGGACGGGUGGUGGCUACCAAAGGCAAUGUACAUGGGAAAAGUUUAGCACCUGGUAACUAUCGCGUGGUUGUUGACAGAUGACUAGAUGGGAGUGCAAAACUACCUGUCUCAUUUGGGAAUGAGAUGACUCUUGUAGUUCAUGCGGUCAAUAGUUAUGUUGCUUGGCCAUGGCAUCUGAUCAUUACUUAUGAUCAUGAACAAGUAACUUUUAGUGUGCUGUAAAAAUUUUCAUCUUGAAAGAUCCAUAAAUGUUUAAUUUCAUGGAGAGAGAGGGAGUAAAUUGUGUAAUAGAUGGGGAUUUUGACAAAGAAAUAUAUGGUGUGGUACUGGUGAGGAGCCAUGUGCCAAAGGAAUUGACAUAGCAUACUUAAUUAGUCUCUUAAAUUAUAUAUUUACAUUAUUGGUUUUGGUUGAAAUACAACCUAUAAAUUGCAAGUGCUCCUGCAGACAGAUAAUAAAAUAGUGUGUUAGAAACUUCUCUUUUGCGAUAUUUUCAAAAUGUCUUUCUCAUUAUGCCUCCCAUGUACAACCAUAUAUGUUCACACUCCUAAAUUCUUACAUUUUUUAAUACAUUUGUUCUCACCUACUACAACUAAAAGAAUUAUAGCCCUCCAUGAAGAAUAUUAUAUAUAUAUUUAUACAUGUAUAUAUGAAAGGAAGAGAUCAAUUUUGGACGGGCAUUUGCAUUGAUAACAAAUUGAAUGUAUUUUGUGAUUUUUUUAUCUAACUUUUCUAUGUUAAUUGUGAAGGAACCCAAGAGACUAAAGAGAAAGAGGAUUUCAGUAGCUUGUCCGCCAACACAAGACCUAAAACAUCCUCCACAACAUCUUCCCACUACUCAAGAAGAGGCAGGAUCAAGUAUGGCUAGUAAGUCGCCGAUUAUCUUCAAGGUUCCCACUGGACUUCCCAUGUUUUUGAAGAUACUUCUAGGUUCAGUUAAGUACGUAGAACCAGGAUUCAUGAUUGACAUUCUUAUGGAGACCAAUAUUAUGGGCGAACAAUAUACCUUAUAUAUCUCACAUGAGGAUAUAAUACACUUUGGACUUAUGGAAGAAAUCAGCGCGUCUUGCAUUUCAUUCUAUAUCAGUAUAAUACAUUCCGAGUUGUGCGAUAGAGAGAUAUCACACUUUUUUGGUUUCAUUGAGCCAUCAUGGUCAUCGAGAAUUGGGACAAAUAUGGAUAAUCGGGCUGAAAUUAUCUCAGAGCGUAUCAAUAACACAGUAAUGGGUCAAACUUGGUUAAUGCCAUACCAUUUCUUACGUCACUGGAUGUUAGUGAUCAUUGAUCCAGAUGACCAUACAUGUUACUAUCUUGAUCCACUUAGAAAAUCUCCUCCAAAUGAUUUGAAGAACCUUAUGAACAAUGUCUUUUCACACAUUAAGCGAAAGACAGGAAGGAAUGAAAAAAAUUACAAGUGGAAAAUAGUCAAUUGCCCUCGUCAAACAUCGUCAGUAGAAUGCGGCUUUUAUAUCAUAAGGAUGAUGAAGGACUAUUGCUUGAAUGAGACACCAAUGCGAUGGCUAACUAGUAAUUGUGGUGGAAAGAAUACAUAUACACUUGGCGAAAUUAAUGAGACUCGAAAUGAAUGGGCAGCCAAGCUUCUUGAGCGGAUGAGUCAUAGCUAGAGUAACUUUUGAAAUCAGAAUUAAAAAAUAUACUAAUUGUAGUAUUUAGUUAGUACUUACAUAGUUAUUCCAAGUGUAUAUUUUGAUAUUGUAAUUUUUAGAUUUGGAAUAUACUGAGUUCUAUUGAUUUUGUCUGCCUAUUGAUUAUGUCUGAACUAUGUUGUAAUUACAUAGGAAAUUAUGAAUGAAUAUAGUAGUUGAAAAUAG